AUGGGUAAGGCAAAGGUAGACGACGAAGGCCAGCCGUGUGCGGGAAAAGUCACCGCGGAUCAUCGCGUGCUCACCUCUGUCUCGCGCGCGUCUGCUCCCAGCUCCCGCCCCACGCGCCACGCCGCCGGCAGCACCGGCGAUAGAGACGCCAUGGGAGGCGGCACAGCCGUGCAGUCCGCCAGCGGGCCGAGCGGGGUGAGCGGCGGUAGGGGGGUUAGAGGGACGGGCAAAGGGGUGGUGGCGGAUGAUGGCGGCGAGUCGGGGAACCUGCGGGAAGGCGGGGGCGCGGCUGGAGUGGCGGGAUCGGCGCCGAUAUCGCGGCGUCGGAUGCGGCUGAGGCAAGGCGAGGCGGUGCGACGGCGAGGCAGCGACACGUGGGGAUGGGUGCUGAGCGGACUGGCGGCCUGGUGCCCGGGUCGCUCUCGCCUGGCAGCACGCCGAGGCGCCUUGGGCCGCAGCAGCGCUGGUGCUGGCAGCAGCAGGCUGCAGGGCAGUGGGCGACAGGCGAAGAGCGCGCAAGGGCUACCGCUGUCGCUGAGGCUGUUCCUGGCGACGGCCGUGGCGCUGGCCGUGGUGGCGGGCAGCGCGCGCCUCAUGCACGGCGACGACGGCCCCCACGCGCGCCCCCUCCUCCACCUCCUGCCCGAUGUGCGCGCACACGCGGCCUCCGCCACGCCCCUGCCCGCGGGAGCCGGGGGCGGCCGCAACGACUCCCAUGCGGGCGGUGGGAGUGUGGCGGGAGCGGGGACAGGGGUGGAGGGGGAAGGGGCGGGUGGUGGGUAUGGGGCGCAAGUGGGAGAGAGCAGCAAUGGGCCAGACGGGGAAGGGCGUUGGGAUGUGGGUGCAGCGGGCGGUGGUGGGGAUGGCGAGGCGAGCAUGGGUGGAGACGCGGGGUGGGAGGAGGACGAUGAGGACGUUGGCGACGAGGGCGAGGGGGCGCGCAGGGAAGGUGACGGUGGUGGCAGGGGCGAGCGCGACGUGGCAGACGGGCUAUGGAGGGAGGGCGAGGGGGAGGGGGAGGGCGCGAGUGAGGGGGAGGCAGCAGCGGUGCAGGGGUUGGGUGGGUGGGCGGGUCCGUUUGACAGCGUUGAGGACGAGGCCGUGGUGGCACAUGGCUUGACUGCCUUCGGCAUGCGCACACUGCCACCUGCGUCGCCAUGGUCAGCUGCGGCAGUGCGGCAGUGCCGGCAGGGGGAUGAGUUCAGGGCAGCGGUGGAGGGGCGGUCGGUGCUGGUGGUGCUGCACGAGGCGUCGCUCACGGGCGCACCUCUGGCCGCCAUGGAGCUCGCUCAGGAGCUCGCGCUCUGCACCCGCCCUGCCCCCGCCCCUCCCCCGCGCCUUCUCCCUCGCAAUACGCGCACGCUUGUGUCACAGCAGCGGCGCUUGCUGGCUAGUGAGGGUGAGGGGGGCAGGGAGCGGGCGGCAUGGGAGGGGUGCAACGGCACUUGCUGGGAUGCACGCUUGAACUUGCGACGGCUGCUAGGGCGGGUUGUGGACGAGGGGGGGCAGCGGACAGGAGGGAGCGGUAGGACGCGCGCGCGAGGGGGAAAAGCACACAAGGGACAGCGCGCACAGCAGAGGCAGCAGCGCUUGGAGCAGCAGAAGUUGCGGCGGCGGCAGCGACGGCAGCAGGUGCAGCAGCGGCAGGUGGCGGCAGCGGAGCAGGCGGGCACGGUGGUGGGCGGGGCGGGCGUGCACGUGCUGCUGCUGAACCGCAAGGGCGGGCUGCUGCCCGAGCUGCAGAGGCGCGGGCUGAGCGUGCUGAAGAGCAAGGGCAGUGAGAGCUGGCGCGCCGCCAUGGCCGCCCACGUCGUCAUCGCUAGCUCCGCCACCGCUGCUUCAUGGAUCGGCGCAUACCUGGCAACUUGCAGCAUUGGCAGCAGUGGCAAGAGCAGCAGUGGGGAUGGCAGUGGGGGCGAGGGCACAGCAGCAGGCACGGACGGCAGCACUGCCACGGACGCAUCUCUGCCUGUGGCGGGCCACACAGGCGGGGUGAACGCGUGUGGGCAGCGCCUGGUGUGGUGGCUCAUGGAGAACCGGCGCGAGUACUUUGACCAGGCCAAGCCCCUGCUGCCACGUGUCAGCACCCUUAUCUUCAUCUCCCAUUCACAGGCAGCCACGUGGCGUGCAUGGGCGGCAGCAGAGGGUCUGCAGCUGGGUGGCAAGCAGCACGUGAUUCCGCUGUCCAUCAAUGCGGAGCUCGCUGUCCUUGCAGGCCUUGCCCCUCUCCACCCUCCUCCUCCCCUCACAACGUCAGCAGCGGCUGCAGCAGCAGGGCAGGGCAUGGGAGAGGGUAGAGGUGAAGGGGAGGGGAGCGGGGCAGCGGAUCUGGCAGCGGCGUCAGCAGCAGCGCGGGCGGCGAUGCGGCGGCGGGUGCGGGCGCGCAUAGGGGCGCGGCGCGGCGACAUGGUGGUGCUGUGCCUCAGCUCCGUGAACCCGGGCAAGGGGCAGCUGGGGCUGCUGCAGGCCGCGCUGCAGGUGUGGGCGUCCAGGGGCGAGCUGGGCAUGGCGAAGGGCGCGCUCGCAGCACAGGCCAGGGCGGGCGAGGUGGGGUCGCAGGAGGAUGGGCAGGGCGGGGAGGGCAGUGGGCGUGGAGAGGUGGUGAAGGGGGCGGAUGUACAGCGACGCCGUGCACUGGCGCUCCCACUCGCCGUCCCUCCGCCACAGCAGCGGUGGCGUGCGCGGCGGCUGAUAGUGGUGGUGGGGGCGAUGAACGGCAAGAGCAACAAGGGCGAGUACAUCGUGCGCAUGGCGGAGGCCGUGCGCGAGCGCAUGGGCGAUGCGCACGUGGCUGCACAGGUGAAGGCGGGCGGCAUCGUGUGGGUGAAUGCCACACUCAAGGUGGCGCCACUCUAUGCUGCCGCUGAUGCCUACGUCAUGAACGCACAGGGCAUUGGGGAGACGUUUGGGCGUGUCACUGUGGAAGCCAUGGCCUUCCAACUGCCGGUCCUUGGCACGGCAGUGGGGGGCACAGCAGAGAUAGUGAGGCACAACGUCACAGGCCUGCUGCACCCCGUGCGCUUCAAGGGAGUGCCGCUCCUAGCACGCCACCUUGCCCUGCUCUUGCGCCGCCCGGCCCUGCGUCGCCAGAUGGGUAUGAGGGGGCGGGAGGAGGUGCGGCAGCGCUUCCUCUCACACCUCAUGUUUGCCCACAUGGGCAAGGUCAUUGGGGAUGCCUUGCGAGCAGCCGAUGCAAGUCAGCACGUUGGAAAGACACAGUCAGGGACACUGUGA